AUGGCCAACUCGGAGGAAGAGAUGGAUAUUGAGGUACGAGCACCCAGGGGAGAACAAACUAAAAACUUAAGCCAUCGAAAACAAAAGUUUAGAGAUGAAUGGCUUAAUAUGAAAGAGUUCAAAAAUUGGUUAAGACCUGUGAAGGAAAAUCCAUUAAAAGCUCAUUGCUGUUAUUGUCGUUUUGAAAUGGUUUCAGAACUCUCGACGGUAAAAAAACAUAUGAAUAGUAUCAAGCACAAAUCAGCUACUAAAUCAAUAACUGGAACUAAAACCAAUAUGUUUUCUACAAUAAUUCCAAAUAGAAAUAAUGACCAAGCUAUUAAAAGAGCCGAAAUAAAAAUAUGUGGGUUCUUAGCAGAGCAUAACAUAUCUUUUAAUACUAUGGAUCAUUUGACAGACGUUUUAAAAGAAGCUUUUCCCGAUUCUAAAAUUGCUGAAGGUCUUCAUCUCGGUAGAACAAAAAGUACCAACAUAGUAAAACAUGUUAUUGGACAAAAUCAUAAAGAUGAACUAAUAAAUGAUCUUAAAAAUACUAACUUCAGUAUUAUUAUUGAUGAGAGCACGGAUGUAGGAACUGUUAAAACGUUAUGUAUAUGUGUUCGCUAUUUUGACCAUAAAAUUAAUAAAUUAAAAUCAAAAUUUUUUGAUUUGGUUAAAGUAUUCAAGGAUAGUUUCUAA